UAUGCAUGCUAUGUUAUACAGCUAUAAGGAAACACGCGAAUAACAAGCUGGUUUAUUAGUGACAGUCAUUAAAUUACACUUAUUUAUUAAUCAGGGGUGUAUGCAGGUGAGGUCGGCGCUGCGUGUGGCUCACACUACACUGCUCUUCUCAUCUACAUCUCGAACGCCUUUACAAAGCAGAUUCGGACAGACAGGGAUUUGCUUCAGUAGACAUUUGAGCACGAUGGAGACCGAGGAAAGUUCUACAAGGUAUCAAGAACCUCAGCACAGCAGCGCAGCGCCUGGUCCAUUGCCUGGCGAGAGUGUGGUGAAGGAGGGCAAAGCAGCUGUUUUGUUUCCUGGAGCGAAUGAGGUGUUUUACAACCCAGUGCAGGAGUUUAACAGAGAUCUAACAUGUGCGGUGAUUACCGAGUUUGCCCGAGAGACGCUGGCUCAGAAAGGAAUACGCCUCGUCGUUCCAGGAGAGAAGGAGAGAGUCAUCAUCUCCCUAUCAGAGGAAAAGAAUGGAAAGGAGGAAGAGGAGGGGAAAAAUGGGGGAAAAACAGAAGAGACAGAAGUCAAAACUACUUCUGUUGGAGAGCGAUGUGAGGAAGGUCUGCGUGUGCUCGAGGGAUUGGCAGCUUCAGGUCUUCGCUCAGUCCGAUUCGCUCUCGAGGUGCCGGGACUUAAAUGUGUCACAGCUAAUGACUUUUCAGCGAAAGCAGCCGAGCUCAUUACUCGCAACGCUUCUUAUAACAACGUCACACACCUGAUGGAGGCCAAAAACCGAGACGCCAGCAUGCUAAUGUACGAGGCCAGGGGAAGGAAUGAGCGCUAUGAUGUCAUUGAUCUGGAUCCAUAUGGAAGCCCUGCUGGCUUUCUGGAUGCAGCAGUUCAGGCUGUUAGCGAAGGAGGUCUUCUGUGUAUUACAUGUACAGACAUGGCAGUAAUGGCCGGGAAUAGUGGAGAGACUUGCUACAGCAAAUACAGCUCCGUCUCUAUUAAAUCCAGAUACUGCCAUGAGAUGGCUCUGAGAAUAAUCUUGCAUAGUCUGGAUCAGCGUGCCAAUGUGUACCAGCGCUACAUCGAGCCCUUACUGAGUGUCAGUGUUGAUUUCUACAUACGGGUCUUCGUCAGAGUCAGAACGGGCCAGGCUAAAGUCAAGAACUCAGCCAGUAAGCAGGCUCUGGUGUAUAACUGUGUGGGCUGUGGUGCAUUUCACCUCCAGAGGAUGGGCAAGAAAACAUGCCAGGGCAAGAAUAUGAAGUACUCUGCUGCUACAGGACCUCCAGUAAAAGAGAACUGUGAACACUGUGGUCAGAAACACCAGCUUGGCGGUCCGAUCUGGGCAGAACCGAUCCAUGAUGUUGAGUUUGUUCAGAAAGUUCUGUCAGCUGUUUCGGGGAACCCGUCUCGCUUUGGCACGUCCAAACGCAUUGAGGGUGUUCUCAGCAUGGUCACUGAGGAGCUGAGUGAUGUUCCGCUCUACUACGUGUUGGAUCAACUCAGCAGCACCUUACACUGCAACACACCCUCCAUGCUGCAGUUCAGGUCAGCCGUGUUAAACGCAGGUUACAGAGUGUCUCUGUCACACGCCUGUAAGAAUGCAGUAAAGACAGACGCCCCUGCUGCAGUUCUUUGGGACAUCAUGCGCUGCUGGGAAAAGAAGAACCCGGUAAAGAGGGAGAGAUUAUCAGAGACAAGUCCAGCUUUCCAUAUUCUUUCCACAGAACCAAUUUUUCAGGCCUCUUUUGACAUCAGAGAAGACGCAAAUCCUCAGUCACGAAAACGGCACCUUGUGCGCUUUCAAGAAAAUCCCCAAGCCAACUGGGGACCCAAAGCACGUGCCAAGGCUGGAGGUGGUAUAAACGCUGAGUUAGAAGACAAGAGAAAAAAAUUUCAGGGCAAGAGAAAGAACCAGAUCACGGAUUCCUCUCAGCUCAAGUAUUUCCCCUGCAAGAAAUUCCGCAAGGGUACCUGCACGUUUGGAGAGAAAUGCUGUUAUUCCCAUAAUGCAAAGCAUCAGCACGGUGAAGGAGACAACGGCAUGAUGGAGUGAUGGCCUUUUGAUUUUUCUGUAUCGUUAUUGAUAUGUCCAGCAGUUAGUCAGUAUUACGUUUCUUAUUGUGUUAUAAUGAAAGUUUAUGACAUAAUUGAGGGUGUGUAUCAUGGGACAGUCAUGUACAUAAAAAUUAAGGGAAUUGCAAAGAUGCUUGAUCAACGUUGUCCAAAGUAGGAAAAGGGCUGUUCUUCUUUUUCUAGAUAAGCGAACUCGCUGUAUACGUACAGCCUAAACCUAAAUAUGUGAAUGAAUGCUGAAUGAAUAGUUAUCAAACACUCAAAGGUCUUUAAAUAAGUUACCAUGUUUUGUUGGUUUAAAGUGAAAUCACGUUUUAAGAAGCAGUCCUUAGUUGAUUUAAAAUUGCCUAAAGUAUGAAAGGUUAUUUUGUAAAAUUUGCUUUUACCUUGUUUUAUUUCUCCUGGUGAAUAAAAUCUCAGUGAACAUG